AUGCUGGCACGGUGGGUCUCGUGGCUGCUGUGCUUUGCCGUACUGGCCUCCCUGGUUCCGAACCAGUCGAGUGCCCAUGCAUUUCUGCAUCUACUUACGCCAAAGAAGCCUGCGCCGCCUGUAAGUUCGCACCUGUCGCCGUACUUUGGUGUGCCCGUCACGGAGCCGCGCAAGAGCGUGCGAGCAGUGCACCCACGCUUCCAGCGCUUCAUUCGUGACUCACAGGAUGUGAAUACCCAGACGUCGACAGCGUUUAUUACUAUGACAGACGCAGGUACCAUUGGUGCGCUCAAUCCGCGCGAUGGCAGCAUGGUCUGGCGUCGUGUGUUGGACAAAGGCGACGAAGUGAUUAGUAUGAUCCCGCAUGAAGAGACGUUGCUGCUUGGCAGUACGAAGGACAAUCUGACAUUGCGUCUGGUCAUGGGAAAGACAGGUAUUAUGGACUGGAGCAUCUCGUUCGAUGUCCAGCCCUUGCUCGACCAGGUACCGAUUCACGCCGCGUUCCUCGAGUCGGGCGGUGUGGAUGUCGUGGCAGCGGUAGGUGGCUCCCUGUUCCGUAUUCGAUAUGGUGAGCUUCUUUGGACGUGGACGCCCGAGCAGGAGCAGCGUAUUUUGUACGUGGUGCCGUACGACAACCACCUGUAUGUCGUUGGCGCGACGCGCGUAGGUACCAAGUGGCAGCCACGCGUCACGGUGCUCGCGCGUACCGCCGAGCAGUUGGCCGUGUACGAUGUGCGGGACGACCUGCGCGAUCUGUCGAGUGUGAUUCUUCUGCCGUACGCGCGCCGUCGUCACAUUCCUGACGUGCUCCAUGCGACGCCCAGUGGCGGUCCGCACAUUGCGUGGCUCGCGCGCGAUGGCUCUGUGCAUGCGAUGCGCCUCAAUGAGCCUACGCCGAAAGUCAAGGUACUCAAGGCCGGCAAGAGCCAGUUUGCGCAGCUGUAUGAUGUCGGCCUGGGCGACCGUGGUCUGUUUGUUGGCCAGCGUGCGGACUCCACGGCCGAGGUGUUGCAGGUGGGCGUGGAAGGUACGUUGCGCAGCGUGUGGGAAUUCGAAGAGGUGGCGCCGGAUGCCGUGUACGAUGGUGUCCUGGAUCGCCAGGGCCAUGCGUACGUCUUGCGCAUGUACUUUACGCGGGGCCAGCACCUGAUGAACCAGCAUGUGUUCUGGGCCGAUGCCGUGAACGGAGGACAUCGUGGCCAAGUCACUGGCAUGUCGUACCAAUACGACCAUGACCGCCACGGCAACGUCCUAGCCGCUGCUGUGGAAGCCGCGCCGCAGGGACCGCAGCGUCUCGCUGUGCGUGUGGGCCUCGUGACGUCGUCGGGCAGUGUGCAGUUGGUCCAUGAUGCCGAGCAGAAGUGGGUCUUGGAAGAAGGGCUAUCCCAGCCUGUGCAAACCCUGCUCGUGAGCUUGCCCGAUGCAGGGUUGGGCCCUGCCGCCGUGGCGCUCGCUCCCUCGACCGCUUGGAUGGCGCCGUACGCCGCGCUGGAGCGUGAAUCGUGGGCAGGCCGCGUGGUCCGUCACGUGCGUUUGCUGGCGAGUGUGCCACAGUGGCUUACGGCGUACGUGCGUGCCUCGGCGCAUCGCGAUCUUGCGUCGUUGGGCAGUGCGAUGCAGACGCUGCUGGGCGGGGCGUCGCCGAGUGCGCAGGACAAGAUGGGCCCUGUCGCGGGUGGUCCUCGCACUGACAGUGCUACGUUGCUCGAGGCGCCGCGUGCAGCGUCGAAUGCGACACUGCACCACGAUCGCUUUGGUUUCGAUAUGCUGGUGCUUGCAGCAUCGCGGCAGGGCAAGGUGUACGGUGUGAACCAGACGCUCCAUGGCUCGGCGAUCGUGUGGGAACGCAGCCUGGUGGGCUUUGGCGAGGCGGAAGGCGCGCCGGAGCCGCAUGUCAACGUGACGCAUCUCGUGCAGACGCGUGCCACGGGCUCGUUGGACGACAACGGGAAGCCGCUCCCGCCACUGGCGCUGGUCGUGGCGGAAGUGACGAUGCCUGGCCAGCCGCUCGAGACACGAGUGUGGGAUUUGGACCCACUCACAGGCGAGCUGCUUGGCUCGCAGGACGGCGCGACGGUGUGUGAUGGCGCCAUUCGAGAUGUGUACCAAGCGGCGGACCACGUUAGCUUUGUGUGUGCGAACGGCCAGAUUUUGCGGCCUGUGAGCUCGGAGCCGAUGUACAUCAUGACGCUGGAGGGGGGCCAGGCUUUGCAAGGGUACCUGCUCGAGCAGGACACGCUUCCUACGUGGCGCAUGCCGCUCUCGCCGACAGAGCGUGUCGUGGCUAUGCACGAUCCCAGUCGGGACCAUGUGGCGAGUCUCGGCACGGUGCGUGGCGAUCGCUCGGUGCUGUACAAGUACUUGAAUCCGCAUGCUCGCGUGAUUGUGACGUACGACGAGCAGGCGAAGCUCGCGCAUGUCUACGUCAUCGAUGUCGUGAGCGGCGAAAUGGUGUACCAGCUGCAGGUGCCGGGCCUCGCCAGUGGACAGCUGCACUCGACCUACGCCGAGAACUGGAUUACACUGCAGUACCAAGCUGACGAAGUCCUGGGCUCGGAGCGUCUGCUGUCGAUGGAGCUGUACGAGCGCGAGGGCCAAAAUGAUGCCCGCUACAUUUCGUCGUUGGCACGUGGCAACAACGAGGGCGAGCUGCGUACGCGGCAGUCGCCCACGGCGUUUGUGCAGACGUUUGUGCUGCCGUACAGCGUACGUGCGAUGGCCACGACACGCACGACGCUGGGCGUCGCGAGGCGCAGUCUCGUGAUUGCGAACAACCGCAGCGAAGUUCUUCUUCUUCCACGCCGCUUCUUGGACCCACGCCGUCCUGUAGGCAAGCCGACGAAGGAAGACCAGGAAGAAGGCCUCCUGCCCUACCAGCCAGUAUUGCCGGACGAGCCUGCGUGGAAGCUGAUCAAGACGAACCAUCUCGCGGCGCAUCUUGAUCGCAUCGUGACGGCGCCUGCGCUUCUGGAAAGCUCGUCGAUGGUCCUGGCUACAGGUCUCGAUUGGGUAUACACGGUGGCUUCGCCGUCCGGUCCCUUUGACCGUCUACAUACAUCGUUCAACAAGACGCAGCUGGUGCUUACGAUCCUCGGCCUGAUGGCCGGCAUUGCCAUCACACGGCCGCUGAUCCGUAUGCGCGCGCUGAACGCUCGUUGGUAG